AUGACCCCCCCUUCUAUUGACCUCUUAUACCUCACGUUCAACUGUGCCAAGAGUCUUCUCGAUGUUCCCGUCUUCGGCAGCCAUUUGCAAACCGCCUUUCGUAAAAACGCAACUGGUUUACCAGAGGUUGUUGUUCUCUCGCUACAGGAGGUUGCACCCUUGGCAUACUCCUUCAUUGGUGGUUACUUCUUGAACCCAUACCUCUCACGAUACGAACAAGCUGUCAAUAUCGCCGCUCAACAUAUCAUUGAUGAUUUACCGAGUCGAAAUAGCGAGGCUGUCGACGCCACGCCCACCACCCUCCCCUCGAAGCCAUACACACUUGUGCGAGGCAAGAAUGUUGGCUAUACCGCCAUUUUGCUCUUCGCGCGCGAGCCUUCGAGGCUAAAGAAUAUUCAAGAGGCGGAAGUCGGGUUUGGGGCCGCUGAGAUAGGUAACAAGGGCGCCGUCGGUCUACGCAUGCUUUAUGAAGCUGAUGGUGGCUCGUCUGAGCUGACUUUUGUCGCAACACAUCUGGCGGCUAUGGAAUGGAACUUGCCCCGGCGUAAUGCCAACUGGGCUGCUAUCAUGCGUGGUAUGGCUUUUGAAAACCCAGAAGUGGUUGUGAAUAGCUACAAGACCUCUGUCACUCCAUCUCCAGCCUCAACACCACCUGCAGAAGACGAGCCCGAGCGUGCGCGCCUCCUCGAUAAUGAGCACAACGAGCAACACUCACAACUUCAACAACAGUUGCACAACAUCUCCGUUUUCAGGCCCUCGUCAUUCCUCUUUGUUGCUGGCGACCUAAAUUAUAGAAUAUCCACCACGUCCCCGCCCCCUUCCGCUGCAUUUCCCAGUCUAGAUCCGGAGUCGGAAAACUACUAUCCAGAAUUUUUCCGCCUCGAUCAGCUUACACGUGAGCGUAACGCUGGCCGCACUUUACAUGGGUUAUCAGAACACGAGGUGCGCUUCCCACCGACUUACAAGUACGAUGUGUUACCACCACGACCUGGCACGCGAGAGCCCGAGCUUGACGUGCCCUGGAAAUUUGCGGUUCAUCGCUAUCCAGGUUGGACAGACCGAGUCCUAUUUCUUGACGUACCUUCAUGGCUCAAAAAGGGGAGUAGCCAGGACCCCAAGUUCAACGUUCGUGCUUAUGACUGUCUUCCUGUACUGCGUAUGAGCGACCAUCGUCCGGUGUUCCUACGUAUCGACGUGCCCCUCAUUUCACCGAGCGAUAUGGCCCCGCCGUCAGACCUGGACCUUGAUAUGAGCAAGGACCCUCGGGCCCGACUCCCUAUGGAAAUUGACCCAGAGGCCUGGGAGCGCCGGGCCGCCGCACGCCGUAAGGAGGUCAUGGCAGGCUGGAGCAUGUACCUCUGGAGUACUAAGCAGGGUGCCUGUAUCCUAGCCACAGUACUCGCUUUUGGUGCAGAUAAUACAUGGCAGCAGGCAAAGCACUCAAACAUCAUGUAUACAGAGACUUAG